CAGCGAUGGAAGCAAGGGGCAAGCCUAUCUGUAUUACGCUGCUAAUCUACGAAUCAAGUUACAGACGAAGAACACAAAGCUCUUGCUGUGCCACCGAGUUAGCACGUAAGCUAUGCACAAGCAAUGGCAAGCGCUUGCAGUGUUUACAUUAAGAUAAAUCCGUCUUUGCAUGUCCAGAUUCACCGUACGUAGGUGCUUGCCUGUCAGUUGUUUUUACCACGAUGGAUCAAUCGGAGUGGGAAACCGAGAUAGGAGGGACGUUUCGCCUCCACCGGACCGUGACUCAAGUUAUGCCUGUCGGUACCAAAGUUGUGUCGGCAGAGCCUUGCGGUGUUUCUGCCUGGACAAAGACAGCGAAAAUCGCCGUCAUACUUCCAAACCAAAGCUCAAAGAGUUACUUCCUUAAGUGCGCUGCUGGCCAGGGCGCCAAACCUCUCACCGAAGGCGAGUACCAAUCUGCAUGCGCCAUUAACGAGAUAGUACCAGGUCUUGUGCCUCAAGCGACAGGUUGGGGAGAGUAUCGCGAUGGCGAUACCCAGAUUCAUUUCUUUCUCGGAGACUACCACGAUAUGGAUCUAUCGGCGGCGCCAGAACCUGUAAGCUUCGUUGAGAGAAUCGCCGAACUGCACGCCAAGGGGAAAUCACCGACUGGUAUGUUCGGAUUCCCUGUCUCAACAGUGCUGGGCAAGUUCGAACGUACAACAACAUGGGAAAAGAGCUGGGCAGUGUGCUUCGCAAAUCAGCUCAAAGACGUUAUCAAAUAUGAUAACGAGGUAAAUGGUCUAUGGCCAGAGUACGACCUUGCAUGCGCACAACUCAUCGCCAAAGUUAUUCCAAAACUCCUGGGUGCCCUACAAUCGGAUGGCAGAAGCAUCGAGCCGGCACUGAUUCACGGCGAUCUGUGGGAACAGAAUGUCGGGAUUGAUAUGGAGACUGGCGAUACGAUUUUAUUCGAUCCAGGGUCCACAUAUGCCCAUAACGAGAUGGAGUUCGGCACCUGGAGGGCUUCUUGGGCUUACCAUUUCAACUCCCCAGUAUAUAUGCGACUGUAUCAGCGGCAUAUCGAACCUUCCGAACCUGUAGAGGAGUGGGAUGACCGGAACCGACUUUACAGCCUGCACCCAUACUUGAAUGACUCCGCGGGUCACCCAGGCAGUAUUUCAAGAGCCACGUAAGUGUUCAUCCCAAAAUGGCCCUCCAUUUCAUCUAACGGCAUGUAGAGCCUAUAACGAUAUGCUAUAUCUGUGUGAGAAGUACGCACCGUUGGAAAGCUUAGAGAGGUACCGUCCUGAGAACGAUGUCAGUG